ACCAGACACACCCAUCAAGGUGCAUCCAUCACAGUCCAUCGCAGCCAGAAUUCCCCGAACAGGCAAUCCAUCCGCACCAGCAGCAAGAACCAUGCCAGACCUCCCCAAGACCAUGCGAGCCGUGGUCUUCAAAGGCGACUACCACGUCGAAGUCGAAGACCGUCCCGUCCCCCGAAUCCAAAAACCCACCGACGCCAUCCUCCGCGUGACCUCGACGGCUCUCUGCGGCUCCGACUUGCACUUCUAUCGCGGACAUCUGAAGUGUCCGACGGAUUUCAUUUGCGGACAUGAAUUUGUCGGAGAGAUUGUGGAGAAGGGGGAGGAGGUGACGGAUUUUGGUAUUGGGGAUAAGGUCGUCGUCCCCUUCGCCACUGCCUGCGGCGUCUGCUACUACUGCGUCCGCGGCCAAGCCUCCCGAUGCGCAAAGGGUGAACUCUACGGAAACUCCGCCCCGGCCAACACCGUCGACGGCGGGCAAGCCGAAUACGUCCGGUGCCCACUCGCCAACACCUCCUUCGUCCGCACGCCAUCCAACAUCCCCGAGGAAAUGCUCGUCUUGAUGGCCGACAUUUUCCCCACGGGAUACUUCGCCGCCGCUCGCUUCCUUAAAGAUCUCUCCCCCCGAGAUCGGAAAGAUUACACCACUGUCGUCGUGGGUUGUGGACCGGUGGGGAUAUGUGCGAUCACGGCCGCGCUGACGAUGGUGGAUACGGUGUAUGCGGUGGACUCUGUGCCGGAACGGUUGGAGCAGGCGAAAGCGUUGGGGGCGAGGGUGAUCGCGCUGGACGAUGAUCCGGUGGGGAAAAUCAAAGCGGCGACGGAGGGCAGAGGCGCGGAUGUGGUGAUGGAAGUGGUGGGGCACGCGGAUGCGUUUCAGAUGUGUUUUGAGAUGAUUCGGCCUUGGGGGCAGAUCAGCUCUAUUGGGGUGCACACCGAAAAAUGGGAAACCAACGGCCUCCUCCUCUACGGCAAAAACGUCACCAUGUCCUUUGGCCGUUGUCCCGUGCGUUCCAUUUUCGAAGACGCCCUGGCGUGUCUGGUGCAAGAGCAGAAGAAAGUCGCGUUCCUGUGUGGCAAGACGAUGCCGUUGGAGCAGGCUCCGCAGGCGUAUAAGGAUUUCGAGGCGAGGAAGGUGAGUAAGGUCGUGUUUAAGAUGGGGAAUGUCAAGGAGGAGGAGAUUGUGGCGAAGUAG